UUAAAAUAUUUACAUGCAUGCAGUCUCUUGAGAAAACUCCCACGGCCAUAACGUCAUUUAUAUUAGAUGUGUUAUUGAUAACUUCACUGUUUUCAGGUUUGUGGACUAAAGUGGUCGCCAGAUGGCAGGUAUCUAGCCAGUGGUGGGAAUGACAAUAUGCUUUACAUAUGGCCAGUUGUGGCAGGACAGGCUUUCUCACACCCCCAGCCAUUACACUCUCUCAGUGCACAUCAAGCAGCUGUGAAGGCACUGGCAUGGUGCCCAUGGCAGCGUAGCAUAUUGGCAAGCGGUGCUGGAACAAGUGACAGAUGCAUUCGCUUUUGGAACUGCAAUACUGGUUGUUGUCUCAGCACCAUCGACACUAAGUCUCAGGUUUGUGGUCUUCAGUGGUCAACUACAUACAGAGAACUCAUCUCAGGUCAUGGUUCUCCAAAUAAUCAACUAAUUAUCUGGAAAUAUCCAUCAAUGACAAAGGUUGCUGAAUUAACUGGCCACAAAAAGCGGGUCUUGCAACUGGCUCUGUGUCCAGACGGAAGCACAGUGUUGUCUGCUGGUGCAGAUGAAACCUUAAGAUUGUGGAAAUGUUUUGUUCUUGAUCCUGCCAAGAAGAAGAAAGAGAUAAGAGACUCUAAGGCUGCUCCGAGCAUGUUUAGAGGGAUUAGAUAAUGGAAUCUGUCACCGUUAUGAACUGUCUAGUAACUUACAUAAAUGUUCAAGAAGCAUACUUAUGUGGAGUGUUAUACAGCACUGCCUGUGGUUUUGGUGAUGUGUACAUAGUUUUUAUUAGCCUUAAAUUUGGCUCAAUGUUAUUAUUUGUUAAAUAGUUUAAAUUAUUCUAACAUUAAUAGUGAUGAAAUAUGGUCACACAAAUUAUAA